AACGUUUUCUUUAAAAAGUCCCUAUAUCAGAUAAACCGAUUUCUAGCUCCCAACCGAUGCGCUCUCUCUCGCUCUCACUCUCUCUCUUCAAGAAAAAGAAGGAAUCCCCUCAAAUCCCAUUGCAGGUGCUGUUUCUGAAAUCUCUUCUUUUAUUGCUUUUCAGUCGCUAUAUUUUCUUUCAUUUGCAAGAAAACCCAUUUACAAUCUCUCAACAAACUUCAAAUCUAUUGCUAUAAAACCCAUACAUCAUUUCUCAUUUUAAUAUUUCUGAAAUCUUGAGAGAAAAUAAAAGAUGCAAGAGUCAAUACCAUAGUCCUAUUUUUUUAAUCUUUUCACACAAAAUCUCAGUUUCGAUGGGUGAUGGUGAGAUACCCACUUGGCUAAAAGGGCUGCCGUUGGCGCCCGAAUACCGGCCGACAGAGACCGAAUUCGCUGAUCCAAUCGCCUACAUAUCGAGAAUCGAGAAGGAAGCAAGCACCUUUGGGAUCUGCAAGGUGGUCCCGCCGCUCCCCAAACCAUCAAAGAAGUAUGUGCUUUCGAACUUGAACAAGUCGCUGUCAAAAUGCCCCGAAUUGGGUUCCGACGCGGCCGACUGUUCGCCGUCCCAAGUGGGUUUGGGGGAUAAGGGGAAUGGCAAUGAGGCGCGGGCCGUGUUCACGACACGACACCAAGAACUGGGUCAUGGCAUGAAAAGAUUGAGAGGGCCCGUGCCGAUUCAAAAGCAAGUUUGGCAAAGUGGGGAAGUGUAUACAUUGGAUCAGUUCGAGUCUAAGUCGAGGGUUUUUGCUCGGAGUCAUUUGGGUGGCAUGAAGGAUGUGUCACCAUUGGUUAUCGAGUCUUUGUUUUGGAAGGCAGCUACCGAGAAGCCUAUAUACAUUGAGUAUGCGAAUGAUGUGCCAGGGUCUGGUUUUGGUGAGCCAGAGGAUCCGUUUCUGUAUUUCCGUAGGCGGAAGCGGAGGAGGAGAUUUGAUCAAAAACAUCAAGAAAGCAUUAACCAUGAGAAACACAAAGCGGGCCCCACCAUGGGUGAUGGUUCUAUCAAUAAUGCACCAUUGCCUAGCUCAUCGAAUUUGUCGUCUGAGGACGGAUUGGGGCUUUUGAGGCAGAAGAUUUUGAAUUUGGGCUGCAGCGAUAGGGAGGGUACAGCAGGUUGGAAGAUCUCGAACAGCCCUUGGAACUUGCAAGUUAUAGCACGAUCCCGUGGGUCCCUUACCCGUUUCAUGCCGGAUGAUAUACCCGGUGUUACAUCUCCGAUGGUUUACAUUGGUAUGCUGUUCAGCUGGUUUGCUUGGCACGUUGAAGAUCAUGAGCUACACAGCUUGAAUUUUCUCCACAUGGGUGCUCCGAAGACUUGGUAUGCCAUCCCUGGGGACUAUGCAUUCACCUUGGAGGAAGUUAUACGUGUGCAAGGUUAUGGAGGACAUCUCGACCGCUUAGGUGCUCUCACUCUCUUGGGCGAGAAGACGAGCCUGCUAUCUCCUGAGGCCGUCAUUGCAUCGGGGAUUCCUUGUUGCAGGUUAGUACAGAAUCCUGGCGAAUUCGUUGUGACCUUUCCAAGGGCGUACCAUGUAGGAUUCAGCCACGGAUUUAACUGUGGGGAGGCUGCCAAUUUUGCUACUCCGCAAUGGCUCAAGGUUGCAAAAGAAGCCGCAGUGCGCAGGGCUGCAAUGAAUUUUCUACCAAUGCUCUCCCAUCAACAGCUAUUAUACAUGCUGACGAUGUCUUUCGUUUCAAGAGUACCUAGAGCAUUACUCCCAGGGGUACGGAGUUCUCGUCUGAGGGACCGCAAGAAAGAAGAAAGGGAAAUUUUAGUGAAGAAAGCAUUUAUAGAUGAUGUGGUGAAUGAAAAUUAUCUAUUAAGCGUUCUCCUCGGGAAAGAAUCAACCUCACGUGCAGUGUUGUGGGACCCGGAGUCGCUUCCUUCUCCAAGCAACAGUUCUCUGUCAGUUGGUCCGGCUGUCUCUGUUGAAGCGAAUGGCUUAUUGGUCUGUGAGAGAAACAAAGAAGAUGGCUCUUGCAAAGGGAAUGCAUUUGAUGAUGCAUCUGCCAAUGUUGCCGAAACUUCGAGCGGGAAUGCCCGUUCUGCCAACUUGCAAAAGCCGGAUAUUCACAAUAAUAAGGUUGAUGGCACAAGUUCCUACAUGGAAGCAGUGGACUACCUGUAUGAGGAUGAUGACGAUUUACCAUGCGGUAUGCAUGUUGAUUCAGGAACAUUGGCGUGUGUGGCUUGCGGGGUUCUUGGUUUUCCAUUUAUGUCGAUAGUACAGCCUUCUGACAGGGCAUCAAAGGAGUUCUUUCCUGAGGAAUUAAGAUCUGUGAAUCCUCCCACUCUAUCUUGCAUUGGUAACAUGCUCAAAGACUCAGAUUCAGAUGCUACAAAAGCAACUGGAGUUGAAUUCGAAGCACAAGGCAGACCACACGAUAAUCAAACAGGGAAGUCAUCUGCAAAAUGCAUGGGGCAUAUUCCCGUGCCUGAAGUCCCAAACGAUGGAAGGAAUUCCACAUCAUUGAAUAAUGGUAUUUUGGAAUCUUCUUCCAACACUGUAUGUUCAUCAUCAGAAGUAAUUGCUAUUGAAGAACAGAAGGAGGUGGAUGCACUACAUCAGCCAAUUGGAGCUUCUUCAGUUGAACAUGGCACUGCUAAACCAAUAGGCACAGGAGAACCUGACACUCCAAAUACCAUUCAUCCAAGUAAUGGAUUGAGUGAAUCAAGAGGGAGCAUGCCAAUGGAGAGAGUCAAAGAGGAUUUGAAAAGCACAAACAUCCUGGAUGCAGAACCUUGCAAAGGAACCAAAGGGUUAUCUGAUGCAAAUGCAGAGGAAAGUGGUGAGAAGGUCAACAGGCAGUGGAAUACAUCUAAUAUAUUUCUAAGGCCACGGAUCUUCUGCUUGGAGCAUGCUCUCGAGAUUGAGGAGCUGUUGCAAUCCAAGGGUGGUGCAAAUGUGCUAAUUAUUUGUCAUUCAGAUUAUCCAAAAAUAAAGGGAGAGGCCAUGUCCAUUGCUGAAGAAAUUGGUUCCAAUUUCAAAUUCAAGGACUUUCCCCUAGAGAGCGCAUCUCAAUCAGAUCUCAACUUGAUCAACAUUUCAAUCGACGACGAACAUGAAGAAUGCAGAGAAGAUUGGACUUCAAAGCUGGGUCUCAAUUUACGCCACUGUGUCAUGAUCAGAAAGCAAUGUCAGUCGAAGCAAGAACAGCCCGCACUGGCAUUGGGCGGGUUAUUCUCCGACCAUGUUCCUGCUUCAGGCAUUUCAACCCUCAAGUGGCACUGCCGGAAAUCUCGCACACAUCACAAGGCAUCUGGCCUGAGCCUUUCCAAGUCACACGAUGAUGUACAAAUGAAGAAGGAUGAUCUGAUUGGGAGAAAUUCGGACACUGAUGUUGUCACAGAAGAUCAAGUUAACGAACAUUCAAGGAACCCCUACAGUGAAGUUGGUGCUUUUGCACGAGCUUGCAGGUCCCGUGGCCGUGGCCGCCCAAGGAAACACCACCUUCCCAAUCCCAAGGAGAUGACGGCCAACAGCACUGAAACCACAACUAGUAUCGAAAGAGGCCCAGAUAAUAAUAAUAACAGAAGCUGCUUUGGAGAAGGGUCUUCUGUCCAUGAGAAAGCAGGAAAUGUUACGGUGGAAUUGGCAGUAUCUCCUACCAUUGCUGAUCCAACUCCUGAAACAUCUGAAACACAGGAAGGGAUUUGGAACACACAGGAAAAUAACAUUGCACUUGAAGGUUGUGAUUCUGCCAUGUCUGUUGAUAUGCCCACCAGUGAUGAAAUUUCUGGAAGUUGGAAAGAGAUUCAGGCUCCAGGCAGAACUAACACAGGAGGUGAAGUCUGCGAGUCUGCAAUGUUGGUGGGUCCACCUACUGUUGCCCUCGGUGUUGUUGGAAGUUCUGAAGUGCUGCAUGAAGAGAUCCCAACCAUAGAGGAAACAAGCAUGGUGUCCCACAUUUGUGAUUCUGCCAUAUCUGCGUGUUUGCCACCUGCCAUUGAUAUCGCAACAGUAAGUUCCAAAACAGAGCAAGAGGUCCCAGCUACAGUGGAAAAUACCACGGUCAGUGAAGAUUCCAAUUAUGUGGACUUGGGAAAACAGCCUAUUGAGACAUCUGAAACUUUCAAAGAGAUUCGAAGUACAGAGGGAACUGGAUUAGCUGGUGGGGUUUAUGAUUCUGCCAAAUUGCAAUCUCAGCCUUCAAUUUCCGUUUCAAUCCUUGACUGUUCUCAGAUGCAGCUAGGGGAGAUCGGGACUAUAGAAGAAACUGACAUGACAGUUGAUCCUGCAACAAUGGCAGUUCCACCUGCUAUUCCUAUCUUGACCAUUGAAAAUUCUAAAAAGAACCCAGCCAGUGAGAGGACGACUACAGUGGGUGAACCCUACAAUUCAGCCAAAACAGCAGAUCAACCUACUGCUGCCAUUUCAAUGGCCAAUCAUUCAGAGAUUGAUAAUGGGAAUGAGGUUUUUGAUUCUGUGAAGUUGGUGGGCCUUCCUACUAUUGCCUUUUUGUCAGCCAAAAGCUCUGAAAUGCAGCAAGAGACACUGACUACUACAGCAGAGAUUACCACGGUGGGAGAUGCUGGAGAUUCUGCAAAGUCGGCAGGCCCAUCUUCCGUUUCCCUUGCAGCAGCUGGAAAUUCUGAAAUUCAGAAAGGCAAUCAACCCGCAGACGAGAUGAACCAUGCUGGGGCAUUUCAUUCUUCAAGAGAUGGCAUGGAGAGGACAAAAUCAAAUCCUAUUAUUGUAUACUCCCGAGCAGUGAGAAAGCAAAAUAAAAGAAAAAGAGAAGAGGAAGAGAAAACUGACCUUCCAGAUAGCCAUAGUACAGACUUCAUCAGGAGCCCAUGCGAAGGGUUGAGGCCAAGAACCAGGAGAAAUCCAGACAGAGGGACAGACAUCAGCUGCCGAACACCAGAAGGGAAGGUAGCAAAGAAGGUGGUGAAUAGGACGGGCGACAAGAAAUCCUAUCCAUGCGAUCUUGACGGGUGCCGAAUGAGUUUUGCAACAAAGGCAGAGCUGCUGCUGCAUAAGCGCAACCGCUGCACACACGAGGGGUGCAGGAAGCGGUUCAGCUCCCACAAGUACGCAAUGCAUCACGAGCGUGUCCAUUCAGAAGAACGGCCACUCAAGUGCCCAUGGAAGGGUUGCGGGAUGUCAUUCAAGUGGGCGUGGGCAAGGACCGAGCAUGUGCGGGUCCACACUGGGGAGCGCCCUUACCAGUGCAAGGUGGCGGGGUGCGGUCUGACAUUCCGGUUCGUGUCGGAUUUCAGCCGGCACCGGCGGAAGACGGGGCAUUCUGUGAACUAACCCACAUUAUGUUAUUUGUUAACAGCUCAGAUUAAAGCUUUGUUUAGGUUAGUGGGGGAAGAGGGAGGCCAAAUGUUUGAUUAUGUUUUUGGAAUUGCAAGGAAUUGUGUGUAGGGGGGAUUAGAGUUA